ACAAUUGAACACAUUUUGUUUCCCUUUUCUUCCUUUAUUGUCCAAUAUUGGAAAGAAUCAUCUGUUGUCAUGACAGUGGUAGUCAGAUUGCCUGAGAUAAAAUUCCAACUCCACUGUUAUCCAGGGUGUGAUCUCGGACAAGUUAUUUAAUCUCUCUUUCUUUGCCUCCUGUAUGUAAAACCAGUAGAGGGUUUUUAAACAUAGAGGUGUUAAGAGGAUCCAGUGAGUUAAUAUAUGCAAAGCACUUGAACAGGCCCUCAAAGUAAGGGCUUUGUAAUUGUUAGCUGUUGUUCCUGCUGAUGAUUUGCACUUUCUCAUUUCCCAUUCAUGGUGAAGGCCACUGCUGCUGUAAUUACUAUGAAAAGAUUACCAGUGAGUUCUUACAUACUGAUUUUGAUGGGCUUUUUUUUCCCCCAAGCCUCAUACCCAUUCAUUGUAGUAGUUUAUACUUGGCCACCCAUUCCUUGAAACCUCUCCUUUAGUUUCUUUGUCUUCCUACCACUUAUCUCUAUCAUUCUCUCACUCUAUAGAUUCUUCCUCUGUGAUCUCCUUAUACUUUUAAUAGCUUUGAAAUCUACCUGUUCUUGUAACUGCCAAACUUAUAUCUAUAGCUCUUACUGCUCUUGUGGGCUCUACACUUAUUUCUUAACUGCCAGUCAAAGUGUUACCUGUGCUCCAAACUUAGCAUUGUUUCUCUUCCAAACUUACUCCUUCUGAAGCCUUCUUUAUGUACUUAAGUAACCUAUUGCUCACCUUUUGUUGUUUUUAAACAUAUUUUUAUUGAUUUCAGAGAGGAAAGGAGAGGGAGAGAGAGAUAAAAACAUCAAUGAUGAGAGAAACUAUUUAUUGGCUGCCUCCUGUAUGCCCCCUACUGGGGAUUGAGCCCAGAACCCGGGCAUGUUCUCUGGCUGACCUCCUGGUUCAUAGGUUGAUGCUCAACCACUGAGCCAAGCUGGCCGGGUUCACCUGGUUCUUGAGCUAGGAACCUUGCAGUCUUUGUGGUCUCUUACCUUUGUAUCCUUUGGGGGAUAAAAAUCUUUGAGUCUUUUUUUGUGGUUGUUCUCUUGUCUAGAGUCUUUCAAUAAUGUCUUUAGUGGUCUUCAGGUUUCAAUUCUCCUCUAUCUCACCCCCCAUUAAAAUUUUUUAUCAUCAAUAGUGCAGCCUAAAUUAUCUCCAAAGCACAUGUUAAACAUGUCAUUACUGAAAAGCUUCAUGCUUAUGUAUAUAUAUAAAAGGCUAAGUGACCAGCCAACCGGCCAGUAGGUAUGAUGCGUACUGACCACCAGGGGGCAGACGCUCAAUGCAGGAGCUGCCGAGCAACUGCACCUUUGCAGAGUGCCCUUUCCCACUCCUGGACCCCUUGGUUUCGGCCUGAUGCCCACAGGGACCCCACUCACUCCACAGACGCCCUUCGAGCUGCAGUGCCGCCCCAGGUGUGGCUGGCCAGGGAGGUUGGCUCCAGAGUGUGUCCGCCCGUUUCACCCAGUCCCGCUGGCCACCUUCUAAUUAAUUUCCUUUCAUUGUGCACGAAUCUGUGCACUGGACCUCUAGUUGAAGAAUAAUGGACCAAGUUCUUUGUAUGGCCUGUAGUAUUUUUUUAAUGUUCAAUCUCAUUAGAUACUUCAUUUAAUAAAUUUGCCACUUUUCAUCUUUAUGCCUUUCUAUGUGCCUGUUCUCUCUGGCUGUAAGAGGUUCUCUAUCUGGCUACCUUUGUGAUUGAAGGCAAAUUACUGCACUUCUGUGCCUCCAUGUCCCCAUCUAUAAAAUGGGAACCAUUGGGAAUGCCUAACUAAAGGAGUGGUUGUAAGGAUUAAAUGAGUUAAUAUAUGUUAACGUCUUAGAACAGUGCCUGGCAUAAAGUAUUAUAUUAGUGUUUACUAUUACAGGUGCUCAUCAACUUAUGAUGGUAUUCACCCCCAUCGUAAGUUGAAAAUACCUUAAGUCAAAAAUGGGUUUACUACACUGAACACCAUAGCUUAGCCUAGUCUACCUUAAACAUGCUCAGAACACUUACAACAGCCUGCAGUUGGACAAAAUCAUCUUGCCCAGCUUUAUGCUGCAUAUCACUAGCCUUGGAAAAGAUCAAAGUUCAAGAUUUGAAGUAUGAUUUCUACUGAAUGUAUAUGUCACCAUUGGGAAGUCAAAAAAUUGAUGACCAGAUCAUUAACUGGCUGUUAGAAUUCCGCUCUUCUAUUAUGUACUUGACCAAAGACUUUGAGCAGCUUAUCAAUAUUCUCUUGAGAUUGCAGUGGUUGAAUAGAAGUCAGACAGUGGUGGAGGAGUAUUUGGCUUUUCUUGGUAAUCUGGUAUCAGCACAGACUGUCUUCCUUAGACCAUGUCUCAGUAUGAUUGCUUCUCAUUUUGUACCUCCUCGAGUGGUCAUUAAGGAAGGUGAUGUAGAUGUUUCCGAUUCUGAUGACGAAGAUGAUAAUCUUCCUGCAAAUUUUAACACUUGUCACAGGGCCUUGCAAAUAAUAGCAAGAUAUGUCCCAUCGACACCGUGGUUUCUAAUGCCAAUACUGGUAGAAAAAUUUCCAUUUGUUCAAAAAUCAGAGAGAACAUUGGAAUGUUAUGUUCAUAACUUACUAAGAAUUAGUGUGUAUUUUCCAACCUUGAGGCAUGAAAUUCUGGAGCUUGUCAUUGAAAAGCUACUCAAGUUGGAUGUGAAUGCAUCCCGGCAGGAUAUUGAAGAUGCUGAGGAAAUAGCAGCUCAAACUGGUAGUGGAACAGAUGCCACAGAAGGACUGUUUAAUAUGGAUGAAGACGAAGUACCUGAAAAUGAAACAAAGGCUGACCCUGAAAGGCUCAAUCAGAUGUCACAUCCUGUUGCCGAACGCCUGGACAUCCUGCUGUCUUUACUUUUGUCCUACAUUAAGGAUGUUUGCUAUGUAGAUGGUAAGAUUGAUAUCAACAAAACGAAGGAUUUAUAUCGAGAGCUCAUAAUUAUUUUUGACAAACUCCUGUUGCCCACCCAUGCCUCCUGCCAUGUUCAGUUUUUCAUGUUUUAUCUCUGUAGCUUUAAAUUGGGAUUCGCAGAAGCAUUUUUGGAACAUCUCUGGAAGAAAUUGCAGGAUCCGAAUAAUCCUGCCAUCAUCAGGCAAGCUGCUGCAAAUUAUAUUGGAAGCCUUUUGGCAAGAGCUAAAUUUAUUCCUCUUAUUACUGUAAAGUCAUGCCUAGAUCUUUUGGUUAAUUGGCUGCACAUAUACCUUAAUAACCAGGAUUCAGGAACAAAGGCAUUUUGUGAUGUUGCUCUACAUGGACCAUUUUACUCAGCCUGCCAAGCUGUGUUCUACACUUGUGUUUUUAGACACAAGCAGCUUUUAAGUGGAAACCUGAAGGAAGGUUUGAGGUACCUUCAAAGUCUGAAUUUUGAACGUAUAGUGAUGAGUCAACUAAAUCCUCUGAAGAUUUGCCUGCCCUCGGUAGUUAACUUUUUUGCUGCAAUUACAAGUAAAUACCAGCUAGUCUUCUGCUACACUAUCAUUGAGAGGAACAAUCGCCAGAUGCUACCAGUUAUAAGGAGUACAGCUGGAGGGGACUCGGUGCAAACCUGCACAAACCCACUUGACACCUUCUUCCCCUUCGAUCCUUGUGUGCUUAAGAGGUCAAAGAAAUUCAUUGAUCCAAUUUAUCAGAUAUGGGAAGACAUAAGUGCAGACGAGCUUCAGGAGUUUAAGAAACCCAUUAACAAGGAGGUGGUGGAAGAUGAAGAUGAUGACUUUUUGAAAGGGGAAGUUGGGAUUACACCGAGCUCCUUUGACACGCAUUUCCGAAGUCCUUCAAGUAGUGUGGGCUCCCCACCAGUGUUGUACCUGCCAGACCAGUCCCCUUUGAUUGCAAGGAUUUGCGACUGAGAUGAACGUGCCCCUCCAUCCUGCCCUUCAAUAGCAGGGCUCAUACUGUUUGAGCUUCACAUCAAACUGGAGCAUAGAGUACCUGCCUCCGGCAGCUUAUUUCAAGUUAGACUUACUCUAGUGUCUGAGCAGAAAUGGUUCUUUUUCUUUUUGCUCCCAUAUAGACAAAGGAAAAGACUGAAUAUCAUGUGCAAUAUUUUAUAAUGGAGUUGAUAAGUGUUCACGGCUUGGCUUGUUUGUUUAAUGUAUACUUUUUUUGUGUGUUACAGCUUUUUGACAUAAUUAUUGUGCCUGUUUUAACAGAUUGCAUUUUAAAACAUUGGUUUUUGUCAGAGCCAUACUCAUAGGAUUUUGCUGAUCAGUGAAAAUCCUCUAGAACACUAUUUAUAGUCUUCAGAAAGAGUUUAUUUUGGAUACAUUGUUUACCUCUGCUGUAACUGUUUGUGUGUCCGGGUUCAGUGGGGUGCAGAGAAGGUAGGAGGACAGUGGGGAGAUGGCCAGGGCUGGUCCCAAAUGCUGAGAGAGGGAGAUCUCCAGGGGCUUCAGAGACCAAUAAAAGCCUGGAGGGAAGAGCUAGGGGAUUUAGGGAAAUAGAAUCAGCCAAAUCAUAUACAUGUGAGUGUAAAAAUGGACUUAAAAGAAAAAUGGGAGUACCAGGUAAAAGUAAUUCACAUUGACUGAAAGUGGAGGUUGGACUUUUAUAAAACAGCAAGCAGAGAGUUUACCCUGAAGCUCCCAAGAGUACUGUUUGAACUGGAGUGACUCGUUUGUAGUGGAAUAUUAACAUGGAUUUUUGUAUUAUUACCAGUAUCAGUAGACCAGUUCUCAUUUUGAAAAUUUCUUGGGGAGGGUGGGGUAUAUUUUAGGUUAUUUGUGGGGUGAUUUUGCUAGGAACAGUUGGCCAAGGUUACAUAUAUACUCUUUUCAACUGGCUAUUUGUAUCAUGGAUUCAGCUCAGUGAAAUCCUCCUCUGUCUUUUUUUUUUUUUUUUUUUUUUUUUAUAACUAAACACAGAAGAAUCUAAACAACCUUGCUUUAUAGCAAAUUUGUGCGGGCACUGCUAGAUUCAUUUUGAAGCUCAUGCAUAUUUAGCUUCAUUACUUAUUUGUGUAUUUUUUUUGUUACUUGUGAAAAUGUACAUCUUUAAACUUAUUUAUUUUUCUGCCACUUUUCCUAUUUUUUAUUUAAAGGCAAGUAAUAUUUUCUUGAUCACAAAUAUUUUGUAAUGAAAUACUUUCUCUUUCCUAGAGCUUUAUAUGCUCUUGUAUAAUUAUAUUAAUGGCGAUGUAGAGUUUGAAUUUCAGUCUGUAAAUAUGCUUUGGAACAGAGAAAUUUUUAUUGCUUUAAAAAUAUUGGUGACUUUCCUUUGGUGACUUGGUAGAAAGUCAUUUGAGUACCUUUAGGUUCUCUUUUUUAACUGCUGACAAAAAGGUGGGAUUUUUGUAUACUGGACAAAAUGAGAAAAUGAAAUGUGUCCAUAGAAAUAAUGGUAAGUGGAGUCUUUGUGGUUUGGGAAGUAGCUUUAAUGUAGAGGGAUAUAUUUAUAAGUAAGUGUAAUUUCAAAGGAGCUUGAGAAAAAACCCAUUGUGACAAUAAAACAAUGACAUGGUUAA